AUGAACCAAUUACUACACUCUUCUCUUCUCAAUCAAUUGAAGCAGAGAAAGAUAGUAACUCAAAAAGACGAUCCAAAUGAUGACGAGAUCAUGGUUUCUUUUGCUAAUUUGGAAUUCGACCCAGAAGAGGAAAAUGUACCUGAUAAUAUGAUCAUGUCAAGUAAACAGUUCAGAAUUCUCAACAACAAAAUUAAUUCUCUUCUACAAAUUCAACUUCGUUAUGUUGCCAAGGAGCUUCAUGAUCUGUUUGUGGAACAAGUGUCAAAAGUGAAAGAGUAUGUGGAUCUUAAGAUGGUUAAACUUAAGUCCGAGAUAGCUAAAGAGGUGGACAAGAUGGAGAAGAAUUAUAAUGUGUUGUAUAGAAUGGUUAAUAUUGUUUCCACUACUAUUAAAAAGCGGGUUGAAUUCAAUACUGACUAUUCGAUCAAGCUUGAAGAAAAAUCCGAGAAGGAUUCCCAAGUUUUCACAAAGCAGGAAGAAUUCUUAACCAGUAUCAAGGAAUCCAUUUCGAAAGCUGAUCUUUCGAAUCAAUCUUCUGUUUCUUAA